AUGGAUGUCAGUGAUGUAAAAAUAUUGAUCCUUGGUGCCGGUGGUCUUGGAUGUGAGAUUGUCAAGACAUUGGCGCUGUACGGUUUGCCAGAAUUACAUAUUGUCGAUAUGGAUACCAUCGAAUUGACCAAUUUGAACCGUCAAUUUCUAUUCAGUACCCGUGAUAUUGGCAAACCAAAAGCGUCUGUAGCUGCAGAAGCUAUCAAUAGAUUGCAAAUACCUUGCAAGAAUGGAGUUACAGGUUUUGUGCAUGUGGUGCCUCACAAUCAAGAUUUGACUCAGUUCAACGAUGACUUCAUCUCACAAUUCGAUAUAAUCGUAUCCGGACUCGAUUCUAUCGAGGCAAGACGUUGGAUCAACUUCAAAUUACACGAUGUAACUGUCAAAUCCAACUUCAAGACCGUAAUACCUUUCAUAGACGGUGCCACGGAGGGACUUAUGGGUAACUGUAAGCUCAUAGUGCCUGGGUUCACCUCAUGUUACGAAUGUUCUCUUUCCACGCUGCCGCAAAAUACAGAAACUUAUCCGCUCUGUACACUUGCAUCCAACCCAAGAACCCUAGCACACUGCAUUCAAUACGCUUCCAUCAUUCUCUGGCCUCGAGAAUUUCCUAACAGACCUCAUGACUUGGAGUCUCCCGAUGAUCUACAGUGGUUGUACGAAAAAUCAUUACAUAGAGCGGAGGAAUUCAACAUACACCAUUCAACUCUAACAACAAGAUACGUUCUGGGCGUACUAAAAUCUAUUAUACCCAGCGUUACUACUACAAACUCAAUCAUUGCUGGUCAAUGUUGCAAACAAGCUAUCGACUUACUCACUGAUAAAAUCGAUAUUGAGACAUGUCCAACUUUCACGAUGUAUAAUGGAGAAGCUGGUGCAACCAUGUUCUCUUACAGGCAUGAAAGGGAUGCUAGUUGUACCGUGUGCAGCGUGUUCGCAUAG